GCCCUCCCUGAACAAAGACUGGGUGGGAGCGGCCUGUGGCUCCCCACCCCGCCUCCCCCAGCGCCUGCUGAGCCAGGACGACAGGCAGUGAGGCGGAGCCAGCAUGGCGGGGGCCAGGGCUGCCCUGCUGUCCCAGCUCCUGCUCUGGAGCCUGGCGCUGGCUGCAGGCGCCAGAGGUGGGGCUGCUCCCGGGGAGUUAUCUCGGCCCGCUGACAUUCAUGCCUACCAGCAGCAGGCACCUGCCCCCUCCUCAGCCCCUGUUGGUGGCCACCAGGAGCAGUGGCACUCCCUGCGAGAGUGGCUUGGGCAGCUGGAGGCUGUAGUGAUGGAGCUCAGAGAGCAGAACCAAGACCUACAGGUGAGGGUGCAGCGGCUGGAGGGCUGCGAGUGCCGCCCUGCCUCUCCCCAGUGCUGGGGGCUGGGGCGCACCUGGCCUGAGGGUGCCCGCUGGGAGCCUGAUGCCUGCACAGCCUGCACCUGCCGCGAUGGGGCUGCACACUGUGUUCCCCAGACCCACCUGCCCCAUUGCUGUGGGUGCAGCCACAGUGGGCAGACCUAUAGCAAUGGGGAGACCUUCUCUCCAGACCCCUGCACCACCUGCCACUGCCUGGCAGGGACUGUGCAGUGCCAGCAGCCCUCAUGCUCCGAUCUCAACUGCCUGGAGAGAUACACGCCACCUGGGGAGUGCUGCCCGGUCUGCCGGCCAGGCUGUGAGUAUGAAGGGCAGCUUUAUGAGGAGGGGGCCAUCUUCCUGUCCAGCUCCAACCCCUGUCUCCAAUGCUCCUGCUUGAGGAGCCUGGUUCACUGUGUGCCCAUCAAGUGCCCACCCAGUCCCUGCCCCAAGCCAGUCUUGGGGCCUGGGCACUGCUGCCCGACCUGCCAAGGCUGCACAGAGGGUGGUUCACACUGGGAGCAUGGUCAAGAGUGGACCUCACCUGGGGACCCCUGCCAGAUCUGCCAGUGCCUGGUGGGCCACAUCCAGUGCCGCCAGCGGGAAUGCACCAGCCUAUGUCCAUACCCUACUCGCCCCCUUCCGGGCACCUGCUGCCCUGUGUGUGAUGGCUGUUUCCUAAAUGGGCGGGAGCAUCACAGCGGGGAGCCUGUGGGCUCCAGGGACCCCUGCUUGCACUGCCGCUGUGCUAAUGGGAGUGUACAGUGUGAGCCUCUGCCCUGCCCACCCGUGCCCUGCAGACACCCAGGCACUAUCCCUGGGCAGUGCUGCCCUGUCUGUGAUGGCUGUGAGUACCAGGGACACCAGUAUCAGAGCCAGGAGACCUUCAGACUCCAAGAGAGUGGCCGCUGCCUGCGCUGCUCCUGCCAGGCUGGCGAGGUCUCCUGUGAGGAGCAGGAGUGCCCGGUCGCCCCCUGUGCCCCACCUGCCUCUGGCCUCCAGCUCUGCCCAGUCUGUGUACUGGAUGGAGAGGAGUUUGCUGAGGGGGUCCAGUGGGAGCCUGAUGGUCAGCCCUGUACUUCCUGCUCUUGUCAAGAUGGGGAGCCUGUGUGCAGGGCUGUACUCUGCCCCCCAGCCCCCUGCCAGCACUCCACCCUACCCCCUGGUGCCUGCUGCCCUAGCUGUGAGAGCUGCACCUACCAUGGCCAAGUAUAUGCCAACGGGCAGAACUUCACAGACAUAGAUAGCCCCUGCCACACCUGCCACUGCAAGGAUGGGACUGUGAAGUGCUCCUUGAUCGACUGCCCUCCUACGACCUGUGCUAGGCCCCAGAGUGGACCCAACCAAUGCUGUCCCAGGUGCCCAGACUGCAUCCUGGAGAAACAGGUGUUUGUGGAUGGUGAGAGCUUCUCCCACCCUGGAGACUUCUGCAAAGAAUGCCAGUGCCAAGAAGGCCAUGCCCGCUGCCAGCAUCGUGCCUGCCCCAGGCCCCUAUGUGCCCACCCGCUGCCCGGGACCUGCUGCCAGAACGACUGUAGUGGCUGUGCCUUUGGAGGGAAAGAGUACCCCAACGGAGCAGACUUCCCCCACCCCACCGACCCAUGCCGUUUGUGUCGCUGUCUGAGCGGCAAUGUGCAGUGCCUGGCCCGCCGCUGCCCGCCGCUGCCCUGUCCGGAGCCACUCCUGCCGCCAGGAGAGUGCUGCCCGCAGUGCCCAGCCGCCUCCCCUGCUGCCAGCUGCCUGCUGCCGGGUGGCGCGGUCCCGGCUCACCACCAGGAGUACUUUUACCCGCCUGGCGACCCCUGCCGCCGCUGCCUCUGCCUUGACGGUGCCGUGUCCUGCCAGCGACUGCCCUGCCCGCCCGCCCCCUGCGCUCAUCCUCCCCAGGGACCCUGCUGCCCCUCCUGCGACGGCUGUCUGUACCAGGGGAAGGAGUUUGCCAGCGGGGAGCGCUUCCCGUCGCCCACCACCGCCUGCCACCUCUGCCUCUGCUGGGAGGGCAGCGUGAGCUGCGAACGCCAGGCUUGUGCCCCUGUGCAGUGCCCCUUUCCCACCAGGGAUGACUGCUGCCCUGCCUGUGACGGCUGUGAGUACCUGGGGGAGUCCUACCUGAGCAACCAGGAGUUCCUGGAUCCGCAAGAACCCUGCAAUCUGUGUACCUGCCUUGGAGGCUUUGUGACCUGCAGACGUCGGCCCUGUGAGCCUCUGGGCUGCAGCCACCCACUCAUCCCAUCUGGGCACUGCUGUCCAAUCUGCCAGGGAUGUCUCUACCAUGGCCUCACUGUUUCUCCUGGAGAGACCCUUCCUGACCCACAUGAUCCUGCCUGCUCCCUCUGCACCUGCCAGGCUGGCCAGGUUAGUUGUGCACGGCUGCAGUGCCCGCUCCUGCCCUGCCCGCUCCAGGUCACAGAGCAAGGGAGCUGCUGCCCUCGCUGCAGAGGCUGCCUGGUUCAUGGGGUUGAGCACCCUGAAGGCAGUAGCUGGGUAUCCCCGGACAGCCCCUGCUCCUCCUGCAUGUGUCACCAUGGUGUUGUCACCUGUGCCCACGUCCAGUGUGUCAGCCCCUGUGCCCAACCCCACCAGGGGCCCAGUGACUGCUGCCCUCGAUGCUCUGAUUGUGAGCACCAGGGGCAGAAGUAUGAGCCUGGGGAGAGCUUCCAACCUGGGUCGGACCCCUGUGAAGUAUGCCUCUGUGAGCUGCAGCCUGAAGGGUCUCCCAGCCUUCGCUGCCACCGGCGGCAGUGCCCAAGCCUGGUGGGCUGCCCCCCCAGCCAGCUUCUGCCUCCUGGACCCCAGCACUGCUGCCCCGCCUGUGCCCAGGCUUUGAGUAACUGCUCAGAUGACCUGCUGGGGUCAGAGAUGGUUCCCGCAGACCCCUGCUACACUUGCCAGUGCCAGGACCUAACAUGGCUCUGCAUUCACCGGGCCUGUCCUGAGCUCAGCUGUCCCCUGCUGGAGCGCCACACUCCCCCAGGGAGCUGCUGCCCCAUAUGCCAGGAAUGCUUGGUGGAGGCUGAUGGCCGGAGAGUGGCUGAUGGAGAGCGCUGGCAGGACCCCAGCAACCCCUGCAUUGCUUGCACCUGCAAUCGGGGCCACGUGGAAUGCCACUUGGAGGAGUGCCAGGCCCUUUCCUGCCCCCAGGACUGGGCAAAGGUGUUCCAGGCUGGCAGCUGCUGUGAGCGAUGCCAAGCCCCCACCCAGUCGUGCGUGCAUCAGGGCCAUGAAGUGGCCCCUGGGGAGCGCUGGGCUGCGGACGCCUGCACCAGCUGCUCCUGCGUGGCCGGCACCGUGCGCUGCCAGAGCCAGCGCUGCCGGUCGCUCUCCUGUGGCCCCGACCAGGCCGCCGCCCUGAGUCCCGGCAGCUGCUGUCCCCGCUGCCUGCCCCGGCCCGCUUCCUGCAUGGCUUUCGGAGACCCACAUUACCGCACCUUCGACGGCCGCCUGCUGCACUUCCAGGGCAGCUGCCGCUACGUGCUGGCCAAGGACUGCGGCAGUGGGGACUUCAGCGUGCAUGUGACCAACGACAACCGAGGUCGUACAGGUGUGUCCUGGACCCAAGAGGUGGCAGUGCUGCUGGGAGACGUGAAGGUACAGCUGCUGCAGGGCAGAGCGGUCACGGUGGACGGUCGCCCGGUGGCCUUGCCCUUCCUGCAGGAGCCACUGCUGUACGUGGAACUGCAGGGACGUGCAGUGAUCCUGCAUGCCCAGCCUGGGCUCCAGGUGCUGUGGGAUGGGCAGUCCCAGGUGGAGGUGAGCGUGCCCGGCUCUUACCGGGGCCAGACUUGUGGGCUCUGUGGGAACUUCAAUGGCUUUGCCCAGGAUGAUCUGCAGGGCCCUGAGGGGCUGCUCCUGCCCACAGAGGCUGCCUUUGGGAAUAGUUGGCAGGUCCCAGAGGAGACAAGGCCCAGCCGGCCCUGUUCCCCAGGCCGAGAGGUAGAUCCGUGCCGAGCAGCAGGUUACCGUGCCAGGCGUGAGGCCAAUGCCCGGUGUGGUGUGCUGAAGUCUUCCUCGUUCAGUCGCUGCCAUGCCGUGGUGCCACCAGAGCCCUUCUUUGCUGCCUGCGUGUAUGACCUAUGUGCUUGUGGCCCUGGCUCUUCAGCUGACACCUGCCUCUGUGAUGCCCUAGAAGCCUAUGCCAGUCACUGUCGCCAGGCAGGGGUGACACCUGCAUGGCGGGGACCCACCCUCUGCGCUGUGGGCUGUCCCCUGGACCGUGGCUUCGUGUUUGAUGAAUGUGGCCCUCCCUGUCCCCGUACCUGCUUCAACCAGCAUGUACCCCUGGGGGAGCUGGCUGCCCACUGUGUGAGGCCCUGUGUUCCUGGUUGCCAGUGCCCUGCAGGCCUGGUGGAGCAUGAGGCCCACUGUAUCCCACCCGAGGCCUGUCCCCCAGUUGUGAUUACUGGGGAACAGCCACUCAGUGCUCUGCCCAGCCCCGGCUGGGAGCUUCGAGGGACACCCUGAGCUAGGAUGACACCCAAUCAGGACUCAUCAGGCCACCGGUCUCUCCAUGGCUUGCAGCUCCCAUCCUGGUCAGGCCUGUGGAGAGAGUGCCCCAGCUGGGCCCAUGUCCUGCAAACACCUCAGCCAUGUUGAGCCACAAGCA